CAAUCUCACAAGUUAUCCCUCUAUCCCAAACCCUUUCUUUAUUAUAUAAAAUCUCAAACAAAUACACCCAAAAUUUCUCAAAAUCCAGAGAGACAUGGUCACAACAAGAGCUUCAGGUUCAAGAAGAGAUAUGGACGUGACUCUCUUCUUCUUCUUCUCCUUCUCCUUGUUAACUCUCACUGCUUUAGUGGAAGCUGCUGGUCGUGGAGUUAACAAUGGCAACAAAGAUGGCGGAUUAGGAGCUUCGUUUAUAUUCGGAGACUCUCUAGUUGAUGCCGGUAACAAUAAUUAUCUACCGACUUUGUCUAGGGCUAAUAUGAAGCCUAAUGGUAUCGAUUUCAAAGCCUCCGGUGGAAAUCCUACCGGCCGGUUCACAAAUGGCCGGACCAUCGGUGACAUCGUUGGGGAAGAGCUCGGAUCAGCGAACUAUGCGAUCCCAUUCUUAGCACCAAACGCGACCGGAAAAGCUUUAUUAGCUGGUGUGAAUUACGCAUCAGGAGGAGGAGGAAUCAUGAAUGCAACCGGAAGAAUAUUUGUGAAUAGGUUAGGUAUGGAUGUACAAGUUGAUUUCUUCAACACAACACGUAAACAAUUCGAUGAUCUACUUGGAAAAGAGAAAGCAAAAGAGUAUAUAAGCAAGAAAUCGAUAUUCUCAAUCACUAUAGGAGCAAAUGAUUUCCUCAACAAUUAUCUAUUCCCACUUCUCUCCGUUGGAACACGGUUCACUCAAACUCCUGAUGAUUUUAUUAAGGACAUGCUCGAUCAUCUACGUGACCAACUAACCAGGUUAUAUAACUUGGAUGCGAGGAAAUUUGUGAUUGGAAACGUUGGACCCAUAGGAUGCAUACCGUACCAAAAGACAAUCAAUCAAUUAAACGAAGACGAGUGUGUGGAUUUGGCUAAUAAGCUAGCAAAUCAAUACAAUGUUCGAUUAAAGAGUUUAUUAGAGGAACUAAACAAGAAACUUCCCGGAGCAAUGUUCGUCCACGCCAACGUCUAUGAUCUUGUAAUGGAACUCAUUACUAACUAUAAAGAAUACGGGUUCAAAACCGCGACCAAAGCUUGUUGUGGUAAUGGAGGACAAUUCGCGGGUAUAAUUCCGUGCGGACCAACUUCAAGUAUGUGUGAGGAAAGGGAUAAAUAUGUGUUUUGGGAUCCUUAUCAUCCCAGUGAAGCAGCAAAUGUUAUCAUCGCAAAGCAAUUGUUGUAUGGUGAUAUUAAAGUUAUAUCUCCGGUUAAUCUCAGUAAACUUAGAGAUAUGUGAUUGUGAUUUGAUUGUUUGUUUGUUUGAACAAAAUGUGUUUCAUUGAAAUUUCUUAGACUUAUACUUUCUUGCAUUUACGUUUGUUAUACGCAAAGUUAAGACCAAUAUCUUUGUAUGUAUGUGUUGUGUUGUUGUAAGUGUUUACAUUUAGUGAGAAUGCUUUUGUUUUGUCAAGAUGUGAUAAAAUUUUUAAAAUAUACACGUAUUUU